AAGAUUUGGAUAUUGUGAUGUUAAGGAAUUUAAUUACGUGAAAAUAAUCAAAAUACAAUAGUUUUUAAUAUUCUGAAUGCUUAAGAUAUUAAACCAUAAGUCGCAGAUCUAAUUUCUACGUGUUAAUAAAAUUUUAUUCAAGUAUUUGUUUGUUAAUUUCGCUUUCUGUAGGAGUACAUUAAUCAAGUACAUAAUUUCCUAUUCUACUAAAGAGACGGAGUAAAAAUGGCGCUGGUUAAGAUGUAAACAUGCCGUAAGAUAACCACUACAAUAAUCAAACAAAAAUAUUACAUACAAGCAGAUACUCAAAAAAUUUAAACAUUUAUAAACAAAUAAAGACUAUAAUGAGUGAAUAUGGUAUGAUCGCUGCCGAGAAAGCCAAGAAGAAAAAAUGUGGGGAUUCUGAUGAUAGUGGUACUGCAAAAAUCAUUUCGAAUGAACUGCUGCUUGUAGGAAUGUAUAGUGGAGUUGAUAAAAUGGAUGAGUUGACCUCGUUAGAAAGAGAGAUUGCGGAAAUGCACCACGUGGAACCCACAAAUAUAGAAUAUACCGGGAAUGGAGUUAUAAAUAAACAAGGAUUAUCAAGUGGUAAGGUAUCAUCGUUGAAAUCAGAAAAUGUCAGUUGUAAAAUUAUGGAGGGUAUUGGCAUUGAAGAAAGUGUAAGCCUUCUACAGAGUCAUUGCGAUGAUGAAGGUAAUAUUGUACAAGAUGAUAGUGGGACAACAGCUUUAGAACAUGAAGAUUUGAUUGCAGUCCUAAAAGGCAUUGAUGAACACGCGAAUACAUCUGCCAAAGAAGUAAAAGAAAUCGACAAUGAAAUGGAAAGUAUGCGGUCGCCAUCUGUAACAGAAAGUGACUUAGCUGAGGGUGUGACAAUUGAAGGUGAGGGACAAUUUCAAAUUAUGGAAGUGGUGUACGACGAAUCUGACGAACCUGAGUCUAUACAAAAAGAUACAGGAAAUGUUUUGAAUGAUACACAUAAAACUUUAAAUCCUGCGAGCACUCCCAACGUUAGUACUGUAACACCUCUAACAAAUGAAGAAAUUCGAGCUAUGGCUAUGGAGCAAAUAGCAGGAUUAAAUGCACGUGGUGCGGAUCGUCAACGUAGGCGUAAGCAAGAUAUUAAACCUUUGAAAGUUGAAGAUAACUCCGAUUUAGUAACGUCGCUUGGUGCAGAUUGGAGCGAUGAUGAAACUGAAAUAGAUUUAAAAUCCUCAAGCAAUAUAAACAAUAUUAUAAAAAAUAAGAAGAUUGAGUUAGAUAUGAAUGUGGAUAACAAGGAAAUGAAAAGUAAAACAAGUGAUCCCGUAUCAUCAGAAACAAAUAUAAAAAAACCGGGUAAAUUAAAUUUAGACAACACCAAAAGAGAAUGUAACCCUAAUGAGUUAGAUCACUUAAAAAAUGAUACAUGCACUUCCAAACCUGUUGUUGGGUUUAAGCGUACAAGAAUUAUAAAACCGAAAAUUAUUUGGGAUCCGGAUGCUCCUGAAACUCAAAUUUCUUAUGCUCAAUUUGCACGCAAUAGCUCUAAAGCAAAUGUGAGAGGAGCUAAUGAAUCUAUGAGCAUAUCCUCUCAGAGAACUUCUUCAGUUGCAGGUCUGAAGGGAGUGCGUGUAGAAAUUGCCAGAACCCAUCAAGCUGAAUUGAAAGAGAAAAAAAUGCCUACCAAAGGACCUCUUAAUCGAAACGAGACCGAAAAUAUGGAACAGGUCCGAAGCACGGAGUCGAAGUCAGAAUUAGAUUCUAUUCUAACUAAAGUAAAAGAAAUUGAACCUCUUUCACCAACGACUGUCCAAUCAAAUAAAAUUCAAAAAGUUGACGAAGAAAAUGUAAUUAAAAUUCAGUCACCAAUAAAACGUCGUUCACAGACGCCUGUUUUAAACGGAAGUGGGACAGGGUCAAAGAAAAAGCGGGUUAGUGAAAUCGAUCGUUUAGUAAGCGAUGAGGGUGCUGCUAACAUGCUCCAUUCCCUGGAAAGUGAGAGAAACAAACUUAUUGCGGAGCAAGGAGUCGAUAAAACACAUAAGCCGUUAAUGCGAAGCCGCGCUGCUACAAUUUCCGAAAGAAAUUUAAAGCGAGAAACAACCCCAACCUCCGGAAAGUUAACAGCAGUUACAACAAGCAGUGGGGGCGUAAAGAACAAACGCAAUUCUAAACAAAGGCCCUCUUCCACAUGGGAUUAUGUUUAUAAACAACAAGCUACUGAUGAUGCUAUGAUUAUAAGACGUCGUUCUAAUAGUUCUUACUCCAGUAGUGCGUCAAUUCGGCGUCUCAGUUUGGAUGCACCAGUGUCAAAAGCUACAAGUGCAACUAAAACAAUGUUGACCAAAAAUGUACAACCAAACACAACUGUAAGUGUAACGCCUAACAAUUCCGGAGCAAAAGCAGCCCAAAGGAGUUUGCUGAAAACAUCAAAUGAAAAUAAUAUGGCUAUUAAAGCAUCUAGUGUUGGAAUUGGUGCGAAAGCCGGUAUUGGUAAUUCAUUUGAAUUUGCCAAGCCUGAAUUAAAAUCAAAUCAAAAAGGAAAUCGAAAAGUCAAAUCCAGUCCCCAUUUGGAUGAUUUGCCAACAAGUGACACUAAAAAGUCAGGUGGGGCUUCAGCGGGGCGUAGAGGCACUCGCAGUCCCGCUAAUACCGAUGAGAAAGACAAGAGCAAAGGCACUGGAGUAAGUAGCAAAAGUUCAGUGAAACAGCUAAAAGAGGAGUCUUCGGCUGGUGCAAAUAUAUCAGACGUCGUGGUUAAAAAAGUCGCAAAAGUUGCACAAAUUGUUUUUAACACGCAAAAGGCAAAAAUAAAUUAUACCUUCACAGCCCAGAUGUUGAACAAAUUAGUUGAUAUAUUGGAAAAGCUAAGCAAGGAUAAUGAAUGCAAUGCUGUGGUGAUUACAACAAAUGCACCUAACUUCUGUUACGGUGUUGAUUUCACAGACUUAACACAUGGUACUAUAGACAAACGUAGACAAUUCGCUGUUCACUUAGCAGCAGCCGUCAAGAACUAUCUGAAGACUUUGGCAACGUUCCCGAAGCCACUUAUUGCUGGAGUAAACGGGAGCAAUAUUGGAUUAGGCGUAAUGCAAUUACCUUUGUUUGAUAUAGUCAUAGGAAGUGAUAAGGGCUCUUAUGAAACUCCUUACGUCAAAAUCGGACAAGUGCCCGAAGGAUUUUGCAUUUGGAAUAAUAUAAAUAAAAUUCGCGAUAAUUAUAAAACUAAACUUUUUUGGAUGGGAGAAAAACUACAUUCAACAGAAUCGGCUUUAUCUGGAUUAGUACACAAACUUACCGCCUCUGGUAAAGUUAAUGAAGAUGCUUUACUGACUGCUAAGAAAAUAGCAAUGAUGUCAACCGAAGCAUACCGUUUCAUGAAAAAAUCUAUUAUUAAUAAUUAUCUGAAAACGAUAAAUAAUGCUUUAGACGAAGAAUUCGAUACUAUUAUUGAGCAGUGGACGUCGGAAGAGUGUUAUGAAAGCUUCAAAAAGUAUUUGGAGAGCGGCCACUUUUAAAAGGCUUUUCUUUUUUUUUAUUAUGCAAAAUAUUUUAUUUGAUUUGGAAAAUUAAACAUUGGUCUUUAAUUGAAAAUAAGUGUAAUUAGUAGCGAUGGUUUUAGUGUUUCAAUUGUACAUUCAAAAGUGUACACACAUACAUAGAGCGUGUGUGAAAUGUAGGUAUUAAUGAUUUUUGACAUUGUUAGGAGUGAUUAAUUUGUAAACUGUUCAAAUCCGAUAUUAAACCUAAAACCAUUUAAUUAAUAUUCUAAUAUUCUUUAAGAGUAGGAUAUGCUAUUGCAAUAAACAAUAAAUUACGUAUGUACUUCUUUCUAUAAGCGUGAAUUUGUAUUUUCAAAAACUUAACCCUUGUAUAACAAUAAUAAAGAAUUAUAUUUGUUUA